CAGACGAGAGAGAAAGGAAGGAUUUUAUUUCGCUUUGUAUUGACGUGUCCGCGGUGGAAAAAGAUUUAAAACGGAUUGGAAGCAGCAUUGCGGUAGAUUUACACUCGUAUACGGAAAUUAAAUCUGGAUGGCUCUGUUAUUUCUGCGGAUCUCUUGCGUCGCGGAGGAAAUGGCACUGAUGUGGCACGCGGUAUUGUUUUUCAUCUUUCUUUCUUCUCGCUUCACGCUCGCACAGAUCAGCUAUUCCAUACCGGAGGAAAUGCCAAAAGGAUCGAUGGUUGGAAAUGUCGCUCAAGAUUUGGGUUUGGAUUUUAAAAGACUGAUUUCAGGGAAAGGACGUGUUCAUACGGUGGACAGCACGGAAUACAUUGCGCUGGAUAAAGAGAGAGGAAUGCUUUAUAUAAAAGAAAAAAUAGAUCGAGAGUCGCUUUGCGCAACAAAGACUCCAUGUGCUCUACAUAUUCGAAUGACACUUGAAAACCCGAUGGAAUUGUAUACAAUUACUGUAGAAAUAACAGACAUUAAUGAUAAUGCGCCAUUUUUCCAGACAGAGGAAAUCAGAAUUGAAAUUAUCGAGGCGGCUCUACCGGGAGCGAGAUUCAUGUUAGAGAGGGCAAUGGAUGCUGACGUCGGUAUAAACGGACUUCAGAGCUACUCACUUAAACCAACAGAUCAUUUCGCUUUAGAACUGGAAUCUAAUGCAGACGGUGUUAAAAAUGUCGAAAUGAUUUUACAAAAACAACUUGACAGAGAAAAACAGGAAAGGCUUACAUUAAUAUUAACUGCUAUGGAUGGAGGUGAAUCGGUUUUGUCUGGUACUGUGCAGAUACAUAUUGCAAUUCUAGACGCUAAUGAUAACGCUCCUGUUUUUAGGCAAAAAAUAUAUAAAGUCUUAGUAAACGAAAACUCACCUAAAGGUACUAAAUUGGCAAAAGUGACCGCAUCUGAUGCAGAUGAAGGAACAAACGGACAGGUGACUUAUUACAUUUCAAACAAAGAGAAAGCUGUGAAGGAUAUGUUUCACAUAAAUGAAGAUGAUGGUGAAAUUACACUAAAUGGUCAAAUUGAUUAUGAAACUAAAAGCCAUUAUCAACUUGACAUUCAAGCCAGGGACCAAGGCGGUCUGUCAGACUCAUGUAAAAUUAGUAUUGACGUCUUGGACAUAAACGACAAUAAGCCAACUCUGACUAUUUUAUCUAUGGCCAGUUCUAUAACAGAAAAUUCUCUUAUUGGAAAUAUAGUUGCAAUGAUUAAUGUAAAUGACCCAGAUUCAGAAGUAAAUGGACAAGUUCACUGCAAAAUCAACGAUAACAUUCCAUUUUCUAUCACAUCCCAUCUAACAAUGUUUUUACCCUGCACACAGAUCAGGACCUGGAUAGAGAGAGAGAAGCUGAGUACAAUAUUAGUGUGACUUGCUCUGAUGAGGGACUUCCUUCACUCUCUAGCAGCACCUCUCUCCAUUUACACAUAUCAGAUGUAAAUGAUAAUGCUCCUGUAUUUGAGAGAAAUAAUUACGAGGCCUAUGUGGUGGAGAACAACAAACCAGGUCUCUCUGU